UCCGCGCAUGCGCAGUCUCUCUCUCUCUGCUGUGAUGGUGUCUGUCAGGAUGCGGUCGUGUGUGUUGUCGGUUUUACUCCUGAACGUUUUCUACAGCGUCGUCUCCUCUUUGUACUUCCACAUCGGAGAGACCGAGAAGAAAUGCUUCAUCGAGGAGAUCCCGGACGAGACGAUGAUUAUCGGUAACUACCGCACUCAGCUGUACGACAAACAGCGGGAGGAGUAUCUUCCGGCCACGCAGGGCCUCGGGAUGUUCGUGGAGGUCAAAGAUCCCGACGACAAGGUGAUCCUGUCGCGGCAGUACGGCUCAGAGGGCCGCUUCACCUUCACCUCUCACACACCUGGAGAGCAUCAGAUCUGCCUUCACUCCAACUCCUCCAAGUUCGCUCUGUUCGCCGGAGGCAUGCUGAGGGUUCACCUGGACAUCCAGGUGGGGGAACACGCCAACAACUACGCUGAGAUCGCUGCUAAAGACAAGCUGACGGAGCUGCAGCUGAGAGUCAGACAGCUGGUGGAGCAGGUGGACCAGAUCCAGAAGGAGCAGAACUACCAGAGGUACCGUGAGGAGCGUUUCCGGCAGACGAGUGAGAGCACGAACCAGCGCGUCCUCUGGUGGUCCAUCGUCCAGACCCUCAUCCUCGUGGCCAUCGGCAUCUGGCAGAUGAGACACCUCAAGAGCUUCUUCGAGGCCAAGAAACUGGUGUAGACUUGUGACUGUGUGUGUGUGUGUGUGUGUGUGUGUGUGAGAGAGAGAGAGAGAGAGAGAGUGUGAGAAAGAGUGUGUGUUUGUUUGGUCUCAACUGAUUGAAGAAGUGCUGAGAAGAAAAACUGCAAAGAAGAUGGGACGCAGGUGGAAAUCCAGCUGCGCGAAAAAACAUCCUUAGAUAAUAAUUAUAAUAAUAUUAAUAAUUAUACAAUGUAUUUAUGUAGACGUCUUUCAACGGAGUUGCUUUCACACAAAACAUUUCAUACCCAGAAUAACCUUUCACUAAAAAGGCAGAAACUUAACAUAGACAAACAAACAUGAAAGCAGUUCUGCAAAAGGUUUUUCAAAGUGAUUUUAUUUUAAAUAAUUGCAGCCCUGAUUUUACGUAGGCAGAGAUUAUUAAUAUUAUUAUCAUCAUUACUGGGUUUUGUUGUUCCCGUUGUUCUUGCUGUAGACUAUCAGGGCAAAAUGUGACGACUGUAUUUAUUUAGUUCUGCUUCUCUUUCGUCAGAGUUAAACCCGUCAGUGGAGUUUUGAAAACCUUCUUUCUGUCUCCUCUCUGUGAGGACGGCGUCACGUGUUACUGGCCAACGAGAGAUUCCAUUUUAAGCAAAUUAUAAUCUGGAUUCAAGUCAUUUAAUUUCUAUUUUUGGGCAGGAAUGUAACGUGGAUAUGUUGCAACUGAACUAAUCAGUACUGUUGCUUCAGAGCGACUUCCCCCUCAUGAUUGAUCUUCUCGCUUGUCGUGUUUUGUCUGCGAGAACACAGGAAGUGGCAGACAUCACAUGUAGUGAAACGAGCUUUUAAUCGUGCUGGAUCGUAGCUUUUUUUUUUAUCUGCCUCAUUGCCACAUAUCAGGUUUAAUCUCCGUCUGAUUCAGAUUAAAACCGACGGUGUUUCUCGACCAAAAUCGAGCUUUUUGAGAUGGAAAACGUUGACGUGAACGCAUCAGAUGUUGCAUCAAAAACGUAAAUUAUUCGAAAAGAACGAUUUUUGAAUGAUCACAUGAUCUUAACCUCAAGGUGUUUGAACUUCUUUUAACCCUAUAAUACAAUCAUUAAAUCAUUCAGCUUCCGUUCUGAAUCUGAGGAGUAAGAAAUGUCCCCCCAUCUUUCAGAUUUAAAACACAUUUUUGAGAAAUACUAAAAGUGUUUCCCUCCUCAGCCUUCAAGAUUGACAUCCUUGUGUUAUUGUUUUCUUCCUCUCUGGUGGUUUGUGUGAGUUUUAUGUUGCUGGUAGUUUUCAGAAAUGUUUUCCGGGGUUAGAAUAAAGACUUUGGAGGAGGGCUUUGGUUUUAUUUUAUUUUUAGGGAGAUUUUUGUCCAUGUGAAAUCUGUCUGGAAUUGCACUCAAAAAUAAAGUUUGUCACAUUUGUUCAAAGGCC